AUCCCUGACGCUGUGGGGAGACAGUGAGGCCCAGAAAGCAGAUACUGCACCGAUGGGCACAAUACGAAGAGCUAGAUAGAACCGUUACCAUGCACAUAACACCAAGAGCCUCACAUUAUGCAUGGCCAGUGGUGCGGGGGGAGAGAACAUCUUUCAAUACCCUAUAAAUGAAACGCUUCAGGCAAACCACGCUCCUGUACCAGUUUUUCAGGUAGCUCUGCGAUGAUUUUAUGGAGAUUACAUGGAUGCUGUGCUAGACUAUUGACAACUACAUGUUUUGGAACAGCUGCCUCAAAUACAUCAUUUCCAACAGCUUGGAAGCCAUUGGCACAACAUUUUGACAGACUCUCUGGACUUUGUAUAGAGGUUCAAAGAAAUAGUUCCUUUAGGAUGCCUGAAACUGUAGAGAAUAAAUCUAAUCCUGAACUAUAUUCACCAAAUCCUGAUGUACGUGGAAUGACAAUACUCGACAGAGCUGCUUUCAAAAAAACAAUUACUGUUCCUGUUCUCAAGGUGAAAAAAGAAAUAAUAAACAGGCUGUUGAAAUCUCUGAAACACAUGGUGCUGCAGCAGGCGGGUCUGAAGCGAGUGAUUGAUGAUCCAGAAGAUGAACACCAUAAACUUGUUUUGUUGGAUCCCCAUAAAAUGUCAUCAGAAGGUUCCCUGGGAGAAGCUGACCGAAAAAUAUUAAAACAGUUUGAUAUUAUUCCUGAACUAUCCAAGCAUGACGUGGAAUUCACUUAUGACUGUUUCAAGGCAGAGGAAAUCUUCCAAGCAGUGCUCCCAGAAGGCCAAGAUGUCACCUCUGGAUUUAGCAGAGUUGGCCAUAUAGCUCACUUGAAUCUCAGAGAUCAUCAGCUGCCCUACAAACAUUUGAUUGGCCAGGUUAUCAUUGACAAAAAUCCAGGAAUCACCUCUGUAGUAAAUAAAAUCAACACCAUUGAUAAUACUUACCGAAAUUUUCAAAUGGAGAUCCUAGCUGGGGAGACCAACAUGAUGACAAAGGUUAAAGAAAACAGCAUCCAAUAUGAAUUUGACUUCUCCAAAGUGUAUUGGAACCCACGCCUGAGCACAGAGCACAGCCGCAUCGUCGACCUGUUAAAGCCGGAGGAUGUUCUGUUUGAUGUUUUUGCUGGGGUUGGACCUUUUGCCAUCCUAGCAGCCAGGAAGAAGUGCAGAGUAUUUGCAAACGAUCUAAACCCUGAAUCCUACAAAUGGCUUCAACACAACUGUAAACUGAACAAGGUGGACAGAACAAUACAAGUCUUUAACAUGGAUGGCCGGGAUUUCCUCAGGGGGCCCGUGAAAGAACAGCUAACCGAAGAGCUCUCGCUUUCAACAAAAGAAAAGAAAAACUCUCUACAUAUAGUCAUGAAUUUGCCAGCUUUGGCUAUUGAAUUUCUGGAUGUUUUCAAGCAUCUCUUAGACGGGGAACCAUGCAGCUCCAAUCUCCUUCCCACAGUGCACUGUUACAGCUUCUCCAAACACGAUAAUCCUGCCAAAGACAUUCAAGACAAAGCAGAAGCUUUCUUGGGAACAUCCUUAGAGGGACGCUGUUCUAUUCGCCUGGUGAGAAAUGUGGCACCAAGUAAGGAAAUGCUGUGCAUUAGUUUCCAGGUCCCAGCUGAUGUGCUGUACAAGAGGCAGUGCCCUACUGAAGUGAGUCCAGAGGAACCGGCCUCUAAACGUCUGCGCCCAAAUGGAGAUUCUUCUGAAGAAAAAUCAAUCAGUUGACAAGAGCACUGACCAGUCCUUUGUCAUUAAUUCGUGGAAGACACAGUAACGCAGGUUGGGUACCUCCAGCCUUCAGGCUAAUCAAGGCGGGCUGGGUUCUUCCUUGAGCUAAGACAACACAGUGUCCUAAUGGGUAAAGUCUGCGCUGCAUCUUUUUUUUGUGAACAGCCUGCUCCCUGGUGGCUUUUGUUUUUGUUUAAUUCCAGCAUCAAAGCGAUGAAAUCAUUUAUUUUAUUGCACAGGAUAUUAAACUUUAUUUCCUCAUUUUAUAACAGUUCUAUUGUCCAGGUCCUUCCUUAAGAAAGGAAGAGCAAAGUGUGGUGUGCUAACCCAGACUAGGCAUGUCUUCUGGUUCAGCUUUAUGCAGCUUAUGGCAGGGUGGCACCUGAACACAGACAUUUCAUUCCGACUUGAAGCUGUGGAAACGUGAAACCUUUCUGCGAUGAUGCCGAAUGUGCAAGGCCACCUGAAUUGGCACAGUCUGGCUGGGUGUCCCUUGGCUUCUCAGGCAGAUCCUGUGUGUCUAAGUAAAGACAGCUUUGAAAAACAUGCUCUGAGGUCCAGGUAAAUGCACAGAUUUGUACCUGUGCUGCACUAGUGAUCACUGGUAUUAAGAGGAGGGGCUUAGAGCUCCAUGCUUUUAGCUAAAGGUGGAAGGACCCUGCCGUAUUACUGUACUGACUACUAAAUGACCAUCAGCAUGCAACGAUAGAUUUGGUACAAGCUUGGCGUAUAGGGCACAAUUACCCACACUCCCCUUUAUUUCAUGGACCCCACAAUCUCCUGGUCAUUCUCCUACAUCUCUCUUCAUUUGUGACUUCUGUGAGCCCUUCAGAGGAUGCUCCUCUUCCCCUCAAGCUUUCAGUGUGGGCUUCACAAGGCUCUGCCCUUGAACCCUUCCAUUCUCCUUCUUACCUUCUCAUGGGUCAUCAGUCUGUUUCUCUGACAUCUAAGUGUUUGUACUCUGUUCAGCUAAAAUGGGACCCCAUUUCCACUUCCAUCUUUCUCCCUUGCUCUGGGGAACAUCACCAUCCUGCCUGUCACUUGGGCCCACCUGGGCAUCAUCUUUGACCCCGUUUCUAUGUUUUCACAGCCAGACUAUAUCUAAAUCUUGCUUUUGCAUACCCUCUCAAAGCAGGACCUUUCCUCUGCUGCACGCACUUAGAACUCCCUUGACCAGGCUCUUAUCUCACAUCUCUGGUUUGGCAAAUGCAGUCUUGAACCACUCACAUCUACCCAAAGUGCUACUGCAAAGCUACAUUUCCUAGUCCUUGUGGACUGCCUGCUUUGCUCCAUUGGCUGCUUGUCUUAUUAUGCACUCUCAAACCCUUCCUUCCCUGUAUCCAUCAUUGUGCUUUCAGCAUCAAACUCUUAACAAUUACCUCCAUCAUCCUCCUUGCUACACUGACAUCCUUGCGCUUUCUCCCAUGCUCCCCUCAUGCUCUUGGAAACACCUGCAAAGCCACUUUGCUCCCCUUCAGAUCCCUCCUUAAAAGACUUGUUUGCAGUGAUGCUUACAGAAGUUUGAGGGCUUCAGCUGCUGGCCUGCUGAGACCCUCACACCUGCCGCUCAGUAGCAUCUCGCCACUGCCCUGUACUUCCCCAGGGACUCACUGCUUGGGUCAUGUCUUGCAGCCUCUUCAAGUCUGUUUGCAAGAGCCUUGUCCCAUGGUUGGGGCUCCUAGGUGCUACACGAGUAGAAACCAGAGACCUGGCUUUUGUUUGCCUUCCCCUAGAAACGGGCAUGGCCCUUUUCCUAGGAUCUUGGGAACAUCUGAAUGCAACCAGAGGGAAAUGGUCAGGGGCAGGGUAUUGGCUCUGUCCUCAUCUCUCCCCCAGCACCUUGUAUGGCAGCAGGGAGCAACCGUGUUAGCAAGCUUGUUGCAAAUGAGCUCCACACCCUCUCCAAGUGCCAAUCUGAUCCCCUUCCUCUGUCCUAUCUGUUGCUCUGCUUUCUGCUUCCUGUCCUGUGCUCCCUUCCUGAUCUGCUGCUUUACCUUCUGCUUGCUGCCCUAUCUGCUACCACAUUGCCUGUCCCCUCCCUGAUCUGCCACGUGCUACACGCAGACGCUGCCUGUGCCACAGGUUGGCCACCCCCGUUGUAUGGUGGUUGGAGAUUGCGUCUACAUGAUGUGUGUGAGGAAUCGACAAUUUGGGGGAUUCCUGUGGUAAAUGACCACUUGCAAAUGCAGGGGGCUGGGCCCUGUGGCUCAAGAGAGCCUUCCAUUGUACUUCAUAUGUAAUUUAAGGUGUUUAAAUAUAAUUGUAUUUAGGCACAUUGAAGGCCACGGUUUCGAAAUAUUCAGUGCAGACUCGUGUGUAAUUACGGUCUCUGCUCCCAGAAACAGAACCUUGCACUGACUCUUGCUGGCAAGGUAACUAAUUGCUUGCACGUAUGAGCUGCCUGUCUCUGCAUUCACAUUAAGCGCAGGAAGGCAGCAAGCAGUUGCGUUCAGAGGGCCGAUGAGCUGGAGCUUAAAAAGGGAACUCCCACAUAACCAGAGGAAGAGGGGAGGAAGUUCUCUCCUUCUCCACCUACACUAACCCAAAGCAGGUCACGCUUGCAUCGCUAGCUUUGUGCCCAGAAUGGCCCAUCCACAGGACAGUGCGGAUGCCUGUUAAGAUGCCCAAGGCUCCACCUCUUCCACAACGGUUUUUGGGCUUCCCUCCCUCCCCCUGAAGGGGACCAGCGGUAGUAAAGGUUGUGGGGUCGGGAGUAUCCUGAAGGUCGGGCCUGGGAGAGCAGAUGUGGGCAGGUGGAGGAGGAUGUGUCCUGUGGGCAUGCCAUCCUGAACUAGAAGCCUGUUGUGCUGCUUACAGAACAGCUCCAUGGGGAAAAACUACCGCAAGGAAGUUAAAGGCUUUUUCCCUUCCUGGCCAUGUAGUUUGGCUUCCUUCACCAACUAGAAUGACCUGCAGUGGGAUUAACCAGCACUUCAGCUGCUUCUGCAGGCACGGAGGUGAAAGGUUCGCAACCAGAGAUCUUGCUUCUGUUUCGGACACUGGUAUCUGAUGUCACUCAUUUUGUGAAGUCUCCGAGUAGUGUCUCCUCACCUGUGGCCGGCAGCAGGAACUGAACGUGCUAGCUGAGCUGGGGGGGGGGGAAACUAGCUUUCUGGGAAGAAAACACAAGCUUGAAUACUGACAAGACGAGUUAUAACCAAAAUAGCAUUUACAUGCGUGUGCCAAUGCAACCCUGCAGUAAGAGCAAAAAAACCACACGAUUCAAUAAAAAGUCUGGCUUUAUUUUCUAAAAAA